CGCUGCCCUGGGUGGGCGGCGGGGCCGGAGCUGCAGCUGAGCGCUUGGCCGGGCGCAGCCAGGUCUCCCGUCCGCACGGCGCCGUGACAGGUGCAGAGUUCGGGCUUAGCACCCACCUGCGGCCGCCGCCGCGAUGCCCACCAUGCGGAGGACCGUGUCGGAGAUCCGCUCUCGCGCUGAAGGUUAUGAGAAGACAGAUGAUGUUUCAGAGAAGACAUCGCUGGCUGACCAGGAGGAAGUAAGGACUAUCUUCAUUAACCAACCCCAGCUGACAAAAUUCUGCAAUAACCAUGUCAGCACUGCAAAAUACAACAUAAUCACCUUCCUUCCAAGAUUUCUCUACUCUCAGUUCAGAAGAGCUGCUAAUUCAUUUUUUCUCUUUAUUGCACUGCUUCAGCAAAUACCUGAUGUAUCACCAACAGGUCGUUACACAACACUGGUUCCUCUCUUAUUUAUUUUAGCUGUGGCAGCUGUCAAAGAAAUAAUAGAAGAUAUUAAACGACAUAAAGCCGACAACGCAGUGAACAAGAAACAGACACAAGUUUUGAGAAAUGGUGCUUGGGAAAUUGUUCACUGGGAAAAGGUAAAUGUUGGAGAUAUAGUUAUAAUAAAAGGCAAAGAGUAUAUACCUGCUGACACUGUACUUCUCUCAUCAAGUGAGCCCCAGGCCAUGUGCUACAUUGAAACAUCCAACUUGGAUGGUGAAACAAACUUGAAAAUUAGACAGGGCUUACCAGCAACCUCAGAUAUCAAAGACAUUGACAGUUUGAUGAGAAUUUCUGGCAGAAUUGAGUGUGAAAGUCCAAACAGACAUCUCUACGAUUUUGUUGGAAACAUAAGGCUUGAUGGACAUGGCACUGUUCCUCUGGGAGCAGAUCAGAUUCUUCUUCGAGGUGCUCAGUUGAGAAAUACACAGUGGGUUCAUGGAAUAGUUGUCUACACUGGACAUGACACCAAGCUGAUGCAGAAUUCAACAAGCCCACCACUUAAGCUCUCAAAUGUGGAACGGAUUACAAAUGUACAAAUUUUGAUUUUAUUUUGUAUCUUAAUUGCCAUGUCUCUUGUCUGUUCUGUGGGCUCAGCCAUUUGGAAUCGAAGGCAUUCUGGGAAAGACUGGUAUCUCAAUCUAAACUAUGGUGGUGCUAAUAAUUUUGGACUGAAUUUCUUGACCUUCAUUAUACUUUUCAACAAUCUCAUUCCUAUCAGCUUGUUGGUUACAUUAGAAGUGGUGAAAUUUACCCAGGCAUACUUCAUAAAUUGGGAUAUCGACAUGCAUUAUGAACCCACAGAUACUGCCGCUAUGGCUCGAACAUCCAAUCUAAAUGAAGAACUUGGCCAGGUUAAAUACAUAUUUUCUGACAAAACUGGUACUCUGACAUGUAAUGUAAUGCAGUUUAAGAAGUGCACCAUAGCAGGAGUUGCUUAUGGCCAUGUCCCCGAGCCUGAGGAUUAUGGCUGCUCUCCUGAUGAAUGGCAGAGCUCACAGUUUGGAGAUGAAAGAACAUUUAGUGAUUCAUCAUUGCUGGAAAAUCUCCAAAAUAAUCAUCCAACAGCACCUAUCAUAUGUGAAUUUCUUACAAUGAUGGCAGUCUGUCACACAGCAGUACCAGAGCGAGAAGGCGAUAAGAUUAUUUAUCAAGCAGCAUCUCCAGAUGAGGGAGCAUUGGUCAGAGCAGCCAAGCAAUUGAAUUUUGUUUUCACUGGAAGAACACCUGAUUCGGUGAUUAUAGAUUCACUGGGGCAGGAAGAAAGAUAUGAAUUGCUCAAUGUCCUGGAGUUCACCAGCGCUAGAAAAAGAAUGUCAGUGAUUGUUCGCACCCCAUCCGGGAAGUUACGACUUUACUGCAAAGGAGCUGAUACUGUGAUUUAUGAUCGACUGGCAGAGACUUCAAAAUACAAAGAAAUUACCCUAAAACAUUUAGAGCAGUUUGCUACAGAAGGGUUAAGAACUUUAUGUUUUGCCGUGGCUGAGAUUUCUGAGAAUGACUUUCAGGAGUGGCGUGCAGUCUAUCAGCGAGCAUCUACAUCUGUGCAGAACAGGCUGCUCAAACUCGAAGAGAGUUAUGAGUUAAUCGAGAAGAAUCUUCAGUUGCUUGGAGCUACAGCCAUUGAGGAUAAAUUACAAGAUCAAGUGCCUGAAACCAUAGAGAUGCUAAUGAAAGCAGACAUCAAAAUCUGGAUCCUUACAGGGGACAAGCAAGAAACUGCCAUUAACAUUGGACACUCCUGCAAACUUUUGAAGAAGAACAUGGGAAUGAUUGUUAUAAAUGAAGACUCCCUUGAUGGAACAAGGGAAACUCUCAGUCGUCACUGCACUACCCUUGGUGAUGCUCUUCGGAAAGAGAAUGAUUUUGCUCUUAUAAUUGAUGGGAAAACUCUCAAGUAUGCCUUAACCUUUGGAGUACGACAGUAUUUCCUGGACUUAGCUUUGUCAUGCAAAGCUGUCAUUUGCUGCAGAGUUUCUCCUCUUCAAAAAUCUGAAGUCGUGGAGAUGGUUAAGAAACAAGUCAAAGUCAUAACACUUGCAAUCGGUGAUGGGGCAAACGAUGUCAGCAUGAUACAGACGGCGCAUGUUGGUGUCGGCAUAAGUGGCAAUGAAGGACUGCAGGCAGCGAAUUCUUCUGACUACUCCAUAGCUCAGUUCAAGUAUUUGAAGAAUUUAUUGAUGGUUCAUGGUGCCUGGAAUUAUAACAGAGUCUCCAAGUGCAUCUUGUACUGCUUCUACAAGAAUAUAGUCCUCUAUAUCAUCGAGAUCUGGUUUGCCUUCGUUAAUGGCUUUUCUGGACAGAUCCUCUUUGAAAGAUGGUGUAUAGGUCUAUAUAAUGUGAUGUUCACAGCAAUGCCUCCCUUAACUCUUGGAAUAUUCGAGAGAUCAUGCAGGAAAGAGAAUAUGUUGAAGUACCCUGAAUUAUACAAAACGUCGCAGAACGCCCUGGACUUCAACACCAAGGUUUUCUGGGUUCAUUGUUUAAAUGGCCUCUUCCACUCAGUUAUUCUGUUUUGGUUUCCACUAAAAGCCCUUCAGUAUGGUACUGUAUUUGGAAAUGGAAAAACUUCUGAUUAUCUGCUUCUGGGAAACUUUGUUUACACUUUUGUGGUGAUAACUGUGUGUUUGAAAGCUGGAUUAGAGACAUCAUAUUGGACAUGGUUCAGUCACAUAGCGAUAUGGGGGAGCAUUGCACUCUGGGUGGUGUUUUUUGGAAUCUACUCAUCUCUGUGGCCUGCUAUUCCGAUGGCCCCUGAUAUGUCGGGAGAGGCAGCCAUGUUGUUUAGUUCCGGAGUCUUUUGGACGGGCUUGUUAUUUAUCCCUGUGGCAUCUUUGCUUCUUGAUGUGGUGUACAAGGUUAUCAAGAGGACUGCUUUUAAAACAUUAGUAGAUGAAGUUCAGGAGCUGGAGGCAAAAUCUCAAGACCCAGGAGCAGUUGUGCUUGGAAAAAGCCUCACCGAGAGGGCUCAACUGCUCAAGAACGUCUUUAAGAAGAACCAUGUGAACUUGUACCGGUCUGAAUCAUUGCAACAAAACCUUCUCCACGGGUAUGCCUUCUCUCAAGAUGAAAAUGGAAUCGUUUCACAGUCUGAAGUAAUUAGAGCAUAUGAUACCACGAAACAGAGGUCCGAUGAGUGGUGAUGGGGAGGGGCUGAGAGGCAGGCCCUUCUACUUCUCUAAGGAGAGCUACCAGGUUGUCACUGCAGUCUGCUGACCAAUUCCAGUCUGGUCCAUGGAGAGGAAAGUGGAUCUGAGCUCAUCUUGCUGAUGGACAUUCAGAUUCAUGUAUAUUAUAGACAUAAGCACUGUGCAACUCUACUGUAACACCAUCUCUCUCAGAUCUUUUUAAGUAUCUGCUAAGUCUCUGUAAAGAGAAAUUGAAAAUGACCUUGGAUCUUGCCAGAGUACUUUCUUAAACUGAGAAUAGGUCAGUGUUCUUAAGCCGUUACUCUGGGGCUGUAACUGACUAUCAAUUUAUUGGCUAUACCACAAGGUGACCAGCCAUUUAAAAGCUCUAAAACAGUAUUGAGUUAAAGGGACUCUUGAUAUCCAGAUGUAGAUUUCAGGAUAUGCUGAAACAAACCAGUGUUCUUAAGGAACUGACUCACCUUACUAAGAAAAAUUUCUAAACAAGUGUUUGUGUUUGUCUUGAUAAAUGUUUGCCAAAGAAGUUCAGUAAGUGUAUUUCUCAUGCAGUAGUCAUUUGCCCAGAAAUUUAAGAGAAAGCUUACUUCCGGUUCUGCUGUAAGAGCUGCAUGCUUGAGUUUUCAAAUGUAAGAGUGAUUUGCAAAAAUGAAUAUUUCAAGGCAUUUGCUACUAAAAUCUGUGAUGUUGUGCACCUUUGGCCUUACAAAUGCUUCUUCAUUGUCUUUUUUAUUUGUUAAAAUUAGAGGGCACAUGUGUUAAUGUGACUUGUUAUGAUACUGAUUUUUUAAAUUGUAUUUAUGUCUCAGUCAUUUCUGAUAAAGUUUCAUCAUUA